CCGGCCCGCAGUCGUUGCCGACAUCUCGCGACAGACGCCUGCGCGCUCGGACUCUCUCGGCCUGCACUCGCGGCUCGUCGCGGCGGAAAACUGUGCAACAACUGCUUUCAUGGAUUAGAGUUCUGUGCAUCUGAUACAAACACAAAGUGUACAACUACAAACAGUCAUUGUGUGAUGUUGAGCAGUAACUAGUGUCGGAACUUUGGAACUGUACUGUGAUGAGACUGAGCCUGCUGUAGACACGACAGCGUGUGAUGUGCGGGGCCCGGUGACGCAGCUCAGGCAGUCGCGCUGGGGGCCAGCGAGGUGGAGGUGGCGGUGGGCGGGUGGCGCGCGCGGGCGCUGGAUGCGGCAGGAGCGGCGGCGGCGGGUCCCGGCGCCAUGACGGUGCAGAGGGACGAGCGGGACCCGCGCGCGCCCCGGACCAGGUUCAUGAUCACGGACAUCCUCGACGCCGCGCCGCGGGACCUCAGCGCGCAUCGGGACUCCGACUCCGACAGAUCCGCCACCGACUCGCCCGGUGUUAAAGACGACUCAGACGAUGUAUCAAGCAAGUCGUGUGGCGGCGACGCCUCAGCUCUGUCGAAGAAGCAGAGGAAAGCGAGGACAGCCUUCACGGACCACCAGCUCCAGACCCUGGAGAAGUCGUUCGAGAGACAGAAGUACCUCAGUGUACAGGACCGCAUGGAGCUGGCCGCCAAACUGGGCCUUACGGACACACAAGUCAAGACCUGGUACCAAAAUAGACGGACGAAAUGGAAGCGUCAAACCGCCGUCGGGCUGGAGCUGCUAGCCGAGGCGGGCAACUACGCAGCGCUGCAGCGGCUGUACGGCGGCUACUGGGCCGGGGUGCCGGCCUACCCCGCGCAGCCCGCGCCCGCCGCCGACCUCUACUACCGGCAGGCCGCCGCCAACGCCGCUGCCGCCGCCUCUGCCUCGGCUAACACGCUGCAGAAACCUUUGCCCUAUCGGUUAUAUCCAGGUGCGCCUCUCGCAGGCGUCCCACCUUUGGGGCUCGGCCUCCCGGGGCCGUCAGCUCACCUCGGCUCUCUGGGGGCUCCAGCUCUCGGGGCCUUGGGAUACUACGCACAGGCGAGACGAACCCCCUCGCCGGACCUAGACCCGGGGAGCCCCGCGCCCCCCCACCGGUCCCCAAGGGAGCCCUCCUUAGAACGGCGCACUGACGACGAAGACGACGACGAACCCAUACAUGUGUAGAUCCAGUGAUCUGUGAUUUAAAAACGGACAAAAAAGUUUGCCACUAUCGGACCUAAAACCUCUGCGGUUGCAAGACUUACAAGUGAAUUUAUCACGUACCAGACAACCUACAAGUGCUUAACUAAAAAUUAUACUCACCGUGAAGUGUACAAGGUUCGGUUACCUUCGGCUCAAAGGACAGUACUUAUUUAUUUUGUUGCAGUAAGAAGAAUGUAUAAAGAAAACUAUGUGCAAAGUUCAUGUGCUGUUGAGAGAUUUGUUUCUAUGAACGGGCAUCGUCCGUAAUGAUUAUGUGAUAUUAUAAGCUCGGAUUAAAUAAUGAUAGUAGAUUAGAUAGUAGCUUAUGUGUAAUAUAAAUUAAUUUGAUGUCGUACAACUAAUAAUUAUGCCUACUAUAUUUAGAAAACAUAACGCUUUGAAGACUCAGAAAUAACAAGCUGGACUUGAUGAUUACAGUGUCUACCUUUUUUAUGACAAGAGGGAAACUUUUCUAGAAAUAUCCAACCUACUGAGGGAGAAAUAGAUGGUUAUGUGGAAACCAUACCAUCUAAAACCACAGUGCUCUUUAAUAAAAAAGCCCCUCACACUACGUCUAUAAGACGCGUCUCGAAAAGAACAGUGUCUACGUAUGAGGAUAUAUAUUUUUUUAUUUUUAUUUAAAUUUUUUAACUUAAUAUGUCUUGAUUAUAUUGAUAUAAAAUCUAUAUUUUCUCCAGUGAAUUUUCUACUAAUAGAAAACAUUUAAGAGUUGUAUGCUUUGUUUGGUAUUCCUCUGGGCUAGAGACAAAUCUGAAUAAAAAAUUUAACGAUACAAAAUAGUAAAUUUUCGCGUCAAAGCGUCAUACUUGUAUGAAUAAACCGUAUGCUCAAUAAUGAGAGAAACUAACCCAUUUAUGUCCUGUCUAUCUGUAAUUAAUUACAUAAAAAACAAUUGCCAUACGUCAAUCCAAUCUAAAUAGUUUCUACGAAAGAGAGAGAGAUGUUUUUAAACAAUCCUUUAGAUACUGGUUUUUCCUUAUUUUAGUUUAUCCAAAAAAAGUUAGACACGGAGACAGAGAGUGAGAUAUGAUGGAUGAUAUCUACCUACUACAAUUUUAUCUUACUCUGUCUGUCUUCGUAUGAAACUUUUUGUGAAGGAAAAACCUAAAGGCUGAUAAAUCGAAUUAUAAUUUGGAUAAUGAUUUCAUUGCCAAAAGAUGGCAUUAAACGAAUAAAUUAUUAAUACUAUUUUAUUAUUUUUAUGGUUACAAUCGUUUUAUAACCAAUAACAUAACCUUUUCAUCACUUUUGGAUUAUUUUUUGCAAAAUUAAAAAGAUAGUACUCUUAUUAUUCCUAUGGCUUUCCCUCUUCAAAAUCUUUUGAAAAUGGCAUGGAACUUAAACGAUAAUUCCGUUGAUAUUCUUGUCUCAAAUUUAAAUAGAUUUGUCCCUAGUCUAUUCUAUUGUGCUUAAUUUAUUUACAAAAAAAAAACAGUUUUCUCACAAAUAAAAGCAUAAAUGGUAUUGUAAAUAAUAUAGAUGAACAGUAUUAACCUUCAAACAUUGAAGAAUUAUUAAUUACUUUCUUAACAUUUAUUUCUAUUGAUACAAUGUGCAAAAGUGUAUAAUAAAAAAAAAUUUAUUAUUAUUAUGAUAUUGUAUGUAUUGUUAGUAUAAAAUACACAAGUAAAUAAAGGUAAAUAGAACUAGGUAUUUACUGUAACUAAAACUAUAAUAGUUAUACGGCAAUGUACUUAAGCAAUCUGGAAUGUGGCAUUUAUGUCAAAUAGAUUUGUGGUGUUUUGUAAUUAAAAUGUUGUCAAUUAA